AAACCAAGUAGUCUGCACUCGUAAUUCCACAUCAUUUCGCAAAUCCUAUUACUUAUUAAAGCAAUUGAUCAUUUCGGAAUGAAUUCCGCAUUCUUUCUACUCCUGCUUAUCUUUUUUGUUUCCAACCCUCAACUUUCUUCCGCAGCUAAAUCACCGGACCCGGUUCGUGACACUAACGGAAAAAAGGUCGGAGCUGUUGCUCGUUAUUACAUAUCUCCGGUUUACCCGAUUACCGGAGGAAUCGAGCUAGAGAACCUAGACGACAAGCCAUGCCCGCUUGAUGUUGUGCUAGCGGAUCAAGUUCCCGGUCUCCCUGUCUCAUUUUAUUCCGUUAAAUCUAAAAAAGGCGUCAUUCGUGUUUCAACGGAUCUCAACGUGGAGUUACCAACUACUAUUCCUUCAACAAUAUGCCCUAAUUCUACUAUGUGGAGUAUUGAUAUUUCCCCUUCGACCGGGAACUAUUUUGUUUCAACCGGUGGACAGAGAGGGAGUCCGGGCCCAAAUACGAUAAUCAAUUGGUUUAAGAUUGAGCCCUUCGGGUCUGGUUCUUACAAGCUUGUUUAUUGUCCCACGUUUUGCAAAACUUGCAAAGUGAUUUGUAAAGAUGUCGGAAUUGUUGUCCAAAAUGGGAAAAGGCGCCUUGGUUUGACCGAUGAUCCGAUGAAGUUUGUCCUGAAGAAUGCUUUAAAAGGUUUUUAAUGCUUGUUAGUCAUAAUUGUACCCCAAGCCUCUAGUAUUUGUGUUUCUUUUGAGUAAGAACAUAUUCACUUUUUCUACUCUUCCCC